AUGAUUGUAGACCCCUCUGCAUAUGGCACCGUGUACUCCACGAGGAACCUAGCCGAACCUGGUCCUUCUACUCUCCCUGUCUUUCGAGCAAUGGACGACCUCCCGUCGAUUACUACGCAGACUUUGAUUGGAAUCAUAGUUGCGAUCUCUGGAAAUGUUCUCAUUUCUCUUGCAUUGAAUCUGCAAAAACUGGCUCAUAUGAGGGUGGAGAAGAAGAAGAAAUUGGCUGGUGAUUCAACAAAUGGCAAAAAUCAUGAUACAAGCCCUGAUGAAAAUGGUGGAGUCGUCGCGGCUGGCACGCAUAAUAUACCUGAAGAAGAGGACGUUUUUUCUGACAGUCCAACGCCCACAGAGCGCCAGCCUCUGAUAGCCUUUCCAGAGCCUAUAAUCCGAGACUAUGGGUCCGAAGCAUCAGGAAGUCCCAAAAUACUAGCGUCGAAAGUCAAACGGCCCUUCGUUUCUCGCUUCAAUCCACUCCGCAUCCGAAAUAAAGUGUCACAGGCCAAGUAUAUUCCUGUUGAAAUAAUGACCGAAGAUGCUGCCCUACACGGUCUUCCUUCGAGGAAUUCGAAUGGGUUGAAAAGACAAGGUAGUUCAGAUUCUGUGAAUAAGAACGAAGGCGAUUACUUGAAAUCUAAAUUAUGGUGGCUCGGAUUUUUACUCAUGAACGUUGGAGAAUUGGGAAACUUUAUCUCCUACGCCUUUGCACCCGCUUCAGUAGUAGCUCCUCUUGGUACAUUUGCUCUUAUGGCUAAUUGCUUCUUUGCCCCGUUACUGCUCGGUGAAUACUUUCGAAAGCGAGAUCUUUUGGGAGUAGGGAUUGCCAUAAUCGGUGCAGUAACGGUUGUUCUGGCUUCGAAUGCAUCGGACAGACGAUUAGAUCCGGAUGCACUCUUGACUGCCAUUCUUCAAACACCUUUCGUCAUCUAUGCAUGUAUUUAUACUGCAGGCGCCAUUAUCCUUGCUACUUUUUCCGAGGGAAUAGUCGGACAGACAUGGGUUUUCGUUGAUGUUGGACUUUGUGCUCUAUUUGGCGGAUUUACUGUGCUUUCGACCAAGGCUAUAUCGACAUUGCUGACCCUGCGAGGGUUUGAAAUCUUCCGUGAAUGGAUAACUUAUCCUCUGAUAGCAGUGCUUAUGUUCACCGGAAUUGGGCAAAUACGAUAUCUCAACAGGGCGCUUAUGCGCUUUGACAGUAAAGUCGUCAUACCCAUCCAAUUUGUUCUUUUCACACUCUCCGCUAUCACUGGAUCUGCAAUCCUGUACGGCGAUUUUCAAAAAGCAAAGUUUCAUGAAGUUGUUACCUUCCUGUAUGGGUGUGCUGCCACAUUUGCGGGUGUGUUUAUUAUAGCCUGGACCCCAAAAAAUUCCGGGCAGAAUGACGGUCAAGUGAUUGGAAGCUCAGCGAACUCUAUUAACGACGGUGAAGCUCCCAACGUUUCAGAUGGUGAUCAGUUGGGUCUAGGGACUGUGGGCAGAAGGAGCCGCGCUACUCUGGUUCUCCCAAGCGGCGUGACUGGUCCGAAAGACACCCCAUCUCUAGGCCGCAAGCGUAGUGCAGUCAUGGGAAUUUCACCAGCACAGCAUCUUUUGCUUGUCCAUACCCCUCCAAGAUCCAUUCCCUCGCGUACCAACGCAGAUUUUGACGUUGAACGAGACGGAACUUCCCCGGAUUACACCGGAAGGCGAAGGACGAUGAGUUGGUACGGAUAUGAAGGGACACAGGAGAGUCGAGAUAGGGGGACAAGAGAAAGUAGUCUUGUUGGGAGGUUAAAUAAUGACAUUCGCGUAGGAAGUUUGGAGGAGCGAUCUAGGAAAUUGCCUGGUCAUCUAUGA